AUGCGCAGCCAGAUGGAUCUCCCACCGAAGCUCGAGGCAGACCUCGAGGCAUAUACUGAAAACUACGAAUCCGCCUCCUGGUUGCUCGAGGACCAUCCUCUUCGAUCGCAUCCCACCCAGGGUGUCCCGGGGCUGGGCGCUGCUCUGGCCGAGUUCCAGGUGGACUUGAAGAAACACACCAAGUGGUACUUGGUCCGCUCCGUGCUUUUGAUCGCCGCAUGCUUGUACUGCCCUUUUCCAUUUAUCUCAGGCGAUCCCAUCGCUGGUCCAGAGUGCCCUCCUCGCCCCGUGCACCCCGCCAACGGUCGCCCCUGGUACGUGAAGUGCACGUUUCCCCGCCUGGAUCCUCGCCCAAGUGCUCUUACGCAAUCCGCUGCUGCCGGAUGCAAUGGGUUCCGCACCGAGGUUCGCUCGAUCGAGGGUGGACUCUAUCUGGGCCCGAUCCUCUCUCAGCCGCAGAAGGAAAACGAUCUUCAAUUGCGCCUCAAAUCGCUAAGCACGCAGUUGCAGCCUCCAGCGAGUCAUCCGUCAGUAACGGAUCGCUUGGGCGCGACGCGUCAGGGUGACUCGAGCAAUCCUUUUGUGCUGAUUCUGGACGUCAAGUCCCCAUUUGACGAAGUCUAUCCUACCCUGAUGUCCCAGCUUAGCACAGCUCGCCAAGAGGGAUCGUUGACUACUUGGAGUCGGGGCCAAUUUACCCUUCGUCAAUUAACUGUCGUCGUGACCGCCGAGAGUAAACCAGAGACUUAUUUCGCGGACGGGAAUGCCUCGGUCGCCAGUGACGUAUUCUGGACAUCGACCGCGGAUCUGGAAGGAGGACCGUUUUCCAACGAGCAUCUUGUGCCGCUUGUAUAA